GGUUAUGACUGACUACACUAACCUUCGAAAGAUUGUCACUGGUGAUAUUAUAGUUAAAUGUAAAAGACGAAAUAAGACAAAAAAGACACUAAAUAAAGUAUUCUAGGUCGUUUAGGAAACGAUAUUCGACGUAUUCCCAUUAACCAAGUACCCACUUAUGACGAGCUUUAUUUGAUGAUGUGUCGUAUAUUCAAGGAUAAACUCAAGUCUUCUGAAGAUAUUGUAUUGAAAUACAUGGACAAUGAGGGCGACAUGAUUAGUUUAUUAGAUGACGUGGAUAUCACACACGCCAUCUCUAUCAGCAAUUUGCUCAAGGUCUUUAUCUACGAUAAAUCCACUUUUGAGCAUCAGCCUCAACUACUUACAUCUCUGAUGGAAGUACGUGAUAGUUUAAAUGAGUUGAUUCAAUCGUUUGAUAUCAAAAAAGGCGAGUUGCCUAUUGAAUCAAACCAAGAAAAAGUUAGUAAUCUGACACGUAAGCUCACGGCAGCCGAAUUAGCUAAAUUUGAUACCAGUAAGAAUGACUCAGAGGAAAAAUCCUCUGUUAAGGAACUUACUAGUAUGUCUCCCAAAGUAAAUACUAGUAUUCCUUACUAUCCUCCACCAACACCACAACAACAACAUCAUCCACAACCACCAAUUCCUCAGAGACAAUCAUCACAAGAACAUCCUCAACAACAACCCAUUCAAGGAUAUCCAUCAGCUCCUCAGCAACAGCAGCAACAGCAAGUAGCUCCUCAACAAAUGCAGCAGCACACAUAUAUCCAUACACCUUCAGUUUCUGGACAGGCACUACAUCAACAACCACCUGUAGCUCAAGCCAUGAAUUCUGCUACUGUAUAUCCCUCUUCUCCCUCUUCUGUACUGCAACUACAUCAGCAGCAGCGGCAACAACAACAACAACAACAACAACAACAACAACAACAACAACAACAGCAGCAGCAGCAGCAGUAUAAGCAACAAUCAUUACCAUUGCGACAUCAACCCCCACCACUAUUACAACAACCACAGCAAUAUAAAGGUCAGCAAGGGCCUAAUGCCCCUUCCAAUAACUAUCCUUUGCCACCACAAAACAACACUGAUUCGAGGUUACAAUCGCCUUAUUUUGUUCCUCCUCCACCUUCGAACAUGAACACGCCUACCAACACAAAAUCCUAUCGUUGGUAGAUUUGAAAUAAAGUUUAUUUUAUGCUGAAUAAGGCUCAAGAUAAACAGGAAUACCAUAAACAACAGGUGCGGCACCUAUUAAAUAAGAAAGUUUACAUUUGCUUCUUGAUUCUGUUACUGCUUGCACCAGUGAUUUGUUUUGA